AUGCAAAAUUUAUACGAUGUUCCGCCAGAUGAUACUUCAAUCGAAACACCCAUUCUAACCGCUUCAAAUUCAAAUUCUGGCCACAAAUCUCAGAGUGAGGAAGUUACUAAUGUUCCGGUUCAAAAUUGCUACGAUGUUCCGCCUGAAGAACUUCCGAUUCAAAAUGCUUCAAAUUCCGAUCAGAAUCGUGAAGAAGUUAAGGUAACUCAGCGGAUUUUUAUAGUGGAACAAUAUAUUAUUCCACCACAACAAACUAUUCCACAUGUGAAUACAUCAGGUUAGUUUUUUUAAAAUAAUAUUUUCAGAGUUAGGAGAACUCCAGAAGGUUUUUUUGUACUUUUUGAAGUUUGGAAAAAAUUUCGUUGAACUUUCACAACUUCAAAUGUUUUCAAAGACUACUGUAGCCUAAAGAUUACGGUAGCUCCGAAAUUCUUACUGUAAACUACAGAUUUUAGAACUGCAAGAGAUUUCCAUGGGCUACUGUACUUUGGAAGUUCUAAAGGAUUCGAGGAUUACUGUAGCUCGAAUAAUUUCAAACUGCAAAGAAUAUACUGUAGCUAACAGAGUACGGUAGUUUGUAAUUUUUCGAAAGUAUCAUAGUACUUCUGAAUUUUUGUAGCUAAAUGAACUAACUGCAAGGAGUACUGUAGGCCAAGGCUACGAUAUCUACGGAUUACUGUGACUCAUUGAAUGCACAAUUGUGAGAAAAUUCAAGGGUUACUGUAAGUCGAGAACUGCAAAGAAUACUGUAACCUGAUUGGUUGAAAAAUUCCCAGACUGAUUAAUUUACUGUAGUUCAAAGACUGCAAAGAUUACUGUAACCCGAAUUACUCCAGACAACAAAGAGUACUGUAGCUGGAAAAAUUAAAUUUUUGCAGCUCCAACUUCUGUUCCAACUUCAGCUCCAUAUCAACCCAAUUCUGAUUCAUGGUCGGGAAAUUUUUUGAGCAAAUUCAGUGCCAUUGAAAUUUGCAUGAUCAUUUUACUAAUUCUGUGUGUUUUCUUCUUUCUUCUCGCCGUACUUUCAUAA